AUGGUCCUAGAUGGCAGCCUCUCUUCUCCCUCCGACUGCGCACCGGCUGACACCUGCAGUGACGAACAGCUUUGCCCAACGCUUGCCAUUCUGUUUCCAGAGGAACGUAUGAACUCCUUAUACUGCUGGUACUCUCACUCUUUGUUUUCAUUUGCAACCUACAUCAUAGGAGAGACACAGUUCCCUGAAUUCAGUGUUGUGGUGAUGUUGGAUGAUGUGCAAGUGUCAUAUUAUGAUUCUGUUGAGAGAAGAUAUUUUCGCCGUCUGCUCAACCAUUCAGAUGACUAUAAUGAAGAGAUGUAUGAUGCAAACAUUGUAUUUGGGGACAUGUAUAACAGCAUGAAUGAUCGUGCUUCUUACCUGAGGAAUCAGCUUAACUAUACUAGUGGAGUCCAUGUUUAUCAGAGACUUGUGGGGUGUGAGUUGUUGGAUAAUGACAAACCAGGACUAAUGAACUCCUGGGAUGCGUUCAAUGGCUUAAAUAAGGAGGAGCUCAGAUUCCGUACACAACAGAACAGAUUCCAGUCUCCAGUGGAAUGGUUAGGAUGGGACUACCUUACCCAUGUUCAGGUGCAAUGGCUUUUUGCAAACAUUUAUCAUCCUAUCUGCAUAAAAACAUUAAGGAGGUAUCUUCGAGAGGAGAAAAACAGUGUAAGAAGGAAAGUGAAACCCAGAGUCCGACUCCUUAAAAAGAUUCUAACAGACUCUGGAGGGAUUCUGGUGACAUGUCUGGCCACUGGUUUUUAUCCUCGUCACAUCAACCUGACUCUCUUCAGAGAUGGUCAGUCUGUGUCUGAAGACCAAAUCACUGGAGGGAUACUGUUACCUAACGGAGACGGAACGUACCAGAUGAGGAAGAAUCUAGAAAUCAGUGAAGAGGAACUGAGAGUGAAAUAUAACUACACCUGCAUGGUGACUCAUUUAAGCCUGGACAACAAGCUGAACAUCAGUUUUGAUUAUGACCCAGGUAUACCCAUUGUACCUAUGGUGUCCUCUGUGGUAGUGGUGUGUGUGUUAAUGAUGGUAUCUAUGGCUGGCUAUAUCAUAUGGAGGAGAAAACGUGCAGGUUUCAAACUGGUGCCAAAGGGUGGAUAUACUGUGGGUCAAAGUACAGAAGAUAACGACUCUACCACAGAUUCCUUAUCUUCAUAA